UUCUGAUCGAUUUAUUUGGUUAAGACGGAUUUUUUUCUUGAACCUGCUUCUAAAAAGUGACCACAUUCACUAUUCCCGCGACACGCGUGCUGAAACAGGAGAGUGAUUAAGAGAUGGCAACGUGACAGGUGCAGUCAGGAAGACGGUUGCAGAGUGGGAGGAGCCGAACCCGAACUGCCCAGGGACACCCUGCAUGUAGACUUGAUUCUUGGACUCCUUAGAAAGCUCGGGAGCCCCACGAAAGCCAUUUGCGUAUUAAUGACAGAAGGAGAAUGAGUCCUGCCUGAUGUGAUUUCCCAGACAGCUGCCCCGACACGCGGGUGGCGCUGGCCACACCUCGGCGUUGCUGGUUGGCAGGCUUAGUCCCCUGUCCUCUUCUGAAGCCCGGUGUCAACACGGACUCAAACAAUAGCCACUCUGGCAAGAGUCCUCGACACACAAUGAAGCCGCCUUGCCGAGCUCCGCAGUGACAGCGUUGGGGUGUCCCACUCCGCGCGGCCGCCCCAGGGCAGGAGCUGGUUUCUGGCUCUGGCGCGGGGCUAGGGGAUGAUGGCCUUGGAGCCCCGAAGCGUGGCGCAGUUGGCGGGGGCCUCCUUGUCCUUGCUGGGGUGGGUCUUGUCCUGCCUUACAAACUACCUGCCCCAGUGGAAGAACCUCAACCUGGACCUGAACGAAAUGGAGAACUGGACCGUGGGGCUGUGGCAAGCCUGCGUCACCCAGGAGGAGGUGGGCACGCAGUGCAAGGACUUCGAUUCCUUCCUGGCCCUGCCCGCCGAGCUCAGGGUCUCCAGGGUCCUCAUGUUCCUGUCCAACGGGCUGGGGCUCCUGGGCCUGCUGGCCGCCGGCCUCGGCCUGGACUGCUUGAGGCUUGGAGAGUCGCGGCGAGGGCUCAAGAAAGGACUGCUCAUCCUGGGAGGGACCGUGCUCUGGGCGGCGGGGGUCGCGGCCCUGGUCCCGGUGUCCUGGGUGGCCCACAGGACGGUCCGGGAGUUCUGGGAUGAGACGGUGCCGGAGAUCGUGCCCAGGUGGGAGUUUGGGGAAGCCCUGUUUCUGGGCUGGUUUGCUGGCUUUUUCCUCCUCCUGGGAGGGGGCCUGCUGAACUGUGCGGCGUGCUCCACCCAGGCUGCCCGCGCUUCGGGCCACUACGUGGCGGCAGAAACGCAGGAUCGCCGUCAGCACCCGGAGACGAACAAAACCCACCUGAAAAUCUAAGCCAGAAAGCAUCAGUGCCGUCCACUCUUCAAGAGACGCGCACUCCUCUCUGGAUUUGGUAGGAUCUCCUGCUACACAGCCACCUAGUCACUGUUGCUUUUAAUUUUCUAAAAUGCAUCCCCCCCACCCCAACCCCGUGGCUAUUGCCUUCUUAAAUUAUCAUUUCCUUUUAAGACAGUAAAACACUUUUAUCUUCUCUUCUGAGUCCAAAACCACUCAAGACUUAAUAGUAAUCACACUCAUUACUGGGGAUGAGUUUUCUCAAUUUUAAAAUAGAUGCAGUGAUUGCACAGAACUGGUAAAUAAAACAUUAUAUUAGUGCUUA